AGCGCCUCCCGUUUAGAGCUAUGCAGUGUACCCGGGAGGCGUCUGUAGCACCCGAGGACUUUUUUAUUCCGCGAUUAUCCGUCCAACUUUCUGAAACGAUCACUACGGAGUCAGUCGUGAGCAAUACUACAUCUAUAUUGCCGCUGUCACCUCCAACGAUACCCUAUAUAACGCCGUCGACCAAAAGGGGCUCGAAGGGCGCAGAGAACGAGACAUGCAGUGCUAUCCAGCGGUUACCCGCUUCCGCUGUUGGCCUGUACUUCAUGGGUUUCGUCCCAAUCUUUUCUCCGAGCAUCAAAUUCCGCGCUGGUCGCAGUACCGGCCAGUAGCUCUACAUAAGAACAGAAGGUUUUCCACUUCACCCUUCUUAUACAAGAAGAAGAAGAAGGAGAAAACGAGAGCCCUCACUGGUACAGAUUCUGGGAAGCUGUUGUCAAAAGCCGGAGUGCCGUCCGAAGAUCCUCAUGACUUUUCACAGCUGCAUGAUGGUAUAGCAGCUGCACUGUCUCGACUCAGAGACGACCUCUCCAAGUUGCGUGUGGGGGGUCGGUUCAAUACUGGAUCGAUCGAGAAUCUCCGCGUACAGCUGAGCAAAGGUAGCAAGGAAACGGUGAGGUUGGGUGACCUGGCCCAAGUAGUUCCCAAGAGUGGACGGAUUGUGACUAUCUUAGCCUCCGAAGACGAUCAUGUGAAACCGAUCACUUCAUCAAUCAUUUCUUCCAAUCUUUCCCUAAAUCCUCAGCCUGACCCCCAUAACGGUCUUCAGCUCAACAUUACGAUCCCCCCACCCACUAAAGAAUCUCGGGACCAGACGAUCACUAUUGCGAAGGCGGCAAUGGAAAAAGCAGCAGGUGCCGUUCGUGACUCACGGGGUGCUGUCCAUAAACGUCUUCAGGACCUGCAAAAAAAGAAGAUUGUUAGACCGGGUGAUGUUCGGAAAGCGCAGGAACAGAUGGAAAAGCUUACAGAAAAAGGACAAAAGGAUCUAAAGGAAUUAUUUCAGGCUACAAGGAAGGCCAUGGAACGGGUGUAGUGAAGGGAGAGGGUUGCCGAAUUUUGUAGCACAGAGCAUACUUUGAGUUAUCUAUCAAUCAGUGUCAUAGACAUGGGUUUUGUACAUGAAAUCAAUCGGCAUAUUCAUGCGGACCAUUGACCAAGAAUAUGGGAGAAAGCCAAGCGCAAAAUGACAUGAAAGA